CCUUCUGACUGAAAUCCAACUCGGCCUUUGUUUGCAUCUUUCCCGGUUGCAGUAUCACGUGUGCACACGGCCGGUGAUGAGGAACUGUGUCUCUCUAUUUUUUUUGUGUGUUGCUGGGCUACAAGAGGGACACUUUAUAAUACUGUGCACGCUGCAACCCCCCCGCCAUGCCUAAAUGACUGUGCUUAAAUUAACAACUUCCAGCAUGACAAGCCAAGAUUCCGACCUGAGGUAUGGAUGGAGAUCUGUUCCUCGUUUCCUGAAUUCCUUGGAUUCCAAAGGCAGAGCUGCAGAAUAGUCACGGUCAGCUGGCUCGAUUUGCAGAUUCCAAGUUUCUCCUGCCAUCCAAGCCAGACCAUACGCUGGGACGCCUGAGAUAAGCUACUGGUAGAGAAGGCUGGACUUGCACAAUUGCUCUCCACAUCAGGGAGCUAUAUGUUCCUGAGAAUUUGCGAUGACCUAGUGGAGAGCAGGCGAGAAUGUCUCAGAAGAGAGCAUGUCCACGUUUGCUGGAUUACCUCGUUAUCAUCGGUGCCAGGCUGCCGAGCAGUGAGAGCAUUGCUCAGACCCCUGAGCUGCUGCGCCGUUACCCACUAGAGGACCACCAGGACUUCCCUCUCCCGCCAGACGUCGUGUUCUUCUGCCAGCCAGAAGGAUGUCUCAGCGUGCGGCAGAGGCGCACCAGCCUGCGCGAUGAUUCCUCCUUCGUCUUCACCCUGACCGACAAGGACAGUGGAGUGAUUCGCUACGGGGUCUGCGUGAACUUCUACCGCUCUUUCCAGAAGCGUAGCCGCGACAGACCGGAUCGCAGCUUGCAGCAUGCCAAGGGCAGUGCUGCAGAGACGCCAGACACUGAGCAGAACAACUCUGACAGCGGCUCUUCCCUGGCAACGCACAGCGCUGACUCCACCCCUGACAUCAGUCGCUCGCCCAGGCUGAAACGGCAGCUGAAGAGUGGUAAUCGAUCCCGGAACAGUACCCUAACCUCGCUGUGUAUACUGAGCCAUUAUCCAUUCUUUUCCACCUUCCGUGAGUGUCUGUACACCCUGAAGCGGCUAGUGGAUAGUUGCAGCGAGCGGCUUCUUAUUAAGAAAGCAGGAAGUCUGAAGGGAAUUCAAAGAGACACCAUGUGGCGGUUGUUCACAGGCUCCCUUACUGUCGAGGAGAAGUCCAGUGUCAUCCUGCACGAUGUGCGAGAGAUUGAGUCUUGGAUCUACAGGCUGCUGCACUCCCCUGUGCCUGUACCUGGCCAGAAGCGGGUGGAUGUGGAGAUAUUGCCCCGAGACCUUCAGCCAGCACUCACCUUUGCUCUGCCAGACGUGGCCCGCUUCAGCCUGGUGGAUUUUCCACUGCAUCUGCCCCUGGAGCUUCUCGGAGUGGAGCCCUGUCUCCAGGUGCUGAGCUGCAUCCUGUUGGAACACAAGGUGGUGCUGCAGUCCCGAGACUACAAUGCGCUAUCCAUGAGUGUAAUGGCAUUUGUCGCAAUGAUUUAUCCACUGGAAUACAUGUUCCCGGUGAUCCCCUUGCUUCCGACCUGCAUGGCCUCGGCAGAACAGUUACUGCUUGCUCCGACCCCUUACAUCAUUGGCGUUCCAGCCAGCUUCCUCCUCUAUAAGACAGAUUUUAAGAUGCCGGAUGAUGUCUGGUUGGUUGACCUGGAUGCUAACAAGGUGAUUGCACCCACGAACGCGGAGGUCUUGCCGGCAAUGCCUGAACCAGAAGCCACCGAGCUGAAGAAGCACUUGAAGCAGGCGCUGGCAAGUAUGAGCCUGAACACUCAGCCCAUCCUCAACCUGGAGAAGUUCAAUGAGGCGCAGGAGCUCCCUGUAGGUGGGCGAAGCCGGGAUGACCAGACCUCGACUCCCUCCACCGAGUUCAACCCACUCAUCUAUGGCAACGAUGUCGACUCUGUGGACAUUGCCACCCGGGUAGCCAUGGUGAGGUUCUUCAACUCCCCCAACGUGCUGCAGGGAUUUUUGUCUCACACCCGCACUCUCAGACUCUUCCCUCGGCCUGUCGUUGCUUUCCAAGUCAAUUCCUUCCUGGCCUCCAGACCUAAGCUCUCGCUGUUCACAGAGAAGCUUGCACGGACACAGGCUGUGGAGUACGCUGGGGAAUGGUCCUUGAAUCCUACCAACUACACGUUCCAGAGGAUCCACAACAGCGUGUUUGAUCCAGCUCUAAUUGGAGACAAGCCCAAGUGGUACGCCCAUCAGCUUCAGCCCAUUUACUACCGUGUCUAUGAUAGUAACUCACAGCUUGCCGAGGCCCUCAACAUUCCCAUCGAGAAGGAUGAUGGUUCAGAACCCACAGACGACAGUGGCAGUGACAGCGUGGAGUAUAAUGACUCCAGCUCUUCAUACUCCUCCCUGGGUGACUUUGUGAGUGAGAUGAUGAAGUGCGACAUCAAAGGAGACACACCCAAUGUUGACCCUCCCAGCCACGCUGCUCUUGGUGAUCCAAGCGAGAUUGAGUUCCAGGGAUUUCAGAAAUAUCGAGAGGAUCUGGAUGACCAGGGGCCGGACAGUGAGAAUUCCUUGGACAACAAUCCUCCCCGCUCCAGCUCAAGUACGACAGCCAGCAGCAGUCCCAGCACAGUCAUACAGGGCACCAACCACGAGUCGAUUGACUCGACGGAGGCGGAGGAGAAAACGCUGACUUUCCACAACCACAUCUCGGCGGCGUCCAUUCAGGCCUUUGCCAAAGCCAGCCUCGAGAGGCGGGAGAAUAACGGGAUGGCGGAGGUGCCGGCCCGCCAGCGAGACUAUGAGAACCCGUACUUUGAACCUCAGUACGGCUUCCCCACAGAGGAUGAGGAUGACGAGCAGGGAGAGAGCUACACGCCACACUUUGUUCAGAAUGUGAACGACAACCGGCCCCACAAGCUGCUCCGUCCCAACAGUCUGAGGCUCCCGAGUGACUCUGAAGCAGAAUCAGACUCACGAGCGAGUUCACCAAACUCCACUGUCUCCAAUAACAGCAGUGAGGGAUUCGGAGGAUUCAUGUCAUUUGCCAGUAACAUCUACAAGAGCCGUGGCUCCAGCUUCAGCCUCUCAAACCUGGCUCUCCCAACCAAAGCAGGGCGAGACAAGAGCACACCGUUCCCCAGCCUGAAAGGUAACCGGAGGGCCCUGGUUGAUCAAAAAUCCUCUGUGAUCAAACACAGCCCAACAGUGAAGAGGGAGUCUCCCUCACCACAGGCCAGAGUGAACAACAGCAGUGAGAACCAGCAGUUCCUGAAGGAGUUGGUGCACAGUGUGCUGGAUGGUCAGGGUGUUGGCUGGCUAAAUCUGAAGAAAGUUCGCCGUCUGCUGGAGAAUGAGCAGCUUCGAGUGUUUGUCCUGAGUAAACUGAACCGGACAAUCCAGUCGGAGGAAGAUGCCCGGCUCGAUAUAUUGAAGGACGUGGAAAUCAGUAAGAAGGUGUACCGUGGGAUGCUGGACCUGCUGAAGUGCUGUGUGUCCAGCCUGGAACAUUCGUACAGCAAUGCAGGGCUGGGAGGAAUGGCCAGUGUCUUCACUCUGCUGGAGAUCGCGCACACACACUACUACACCAAAGAACCCGACAAGAAGAAGCGCAGUCCGACAGAGGGUGGCACAGUUCCUGUUAGUAAGGAACCUGUGCCCUCGAAGGGGGAGACGAAACCUCCAAGUGCACCGAUGACCCACCUGCAGCUCCCUCCAAAAGCUGCCAUCAGCAAGGGGCCGGGCGAGUAUGACACCAGGAGUCUGAAUGAAGAGAAUUUUGUUGCUUCAAUCGGUACAGAGAACUCCAGACAUACGUCCGACUUGGACCCAGAUGAGAAGAAAUCGCAAAUCAGCGCUGACAGCGGCUUGAGUGCGACCAGCUCGCAGAAGAGUGACAGUGAGUCUAUCACCAGCUGUGAGCCGCCUGCACUCACCCGGAGUACCAGCCAGGAGUCAGAAAGCAGCACCGUGGUGAGUAACAGCUCUGGAGAGACCUUGGGUGCUGACAGUGAUUACAGCAGUGCUGCUGGAGAAAGUGUGACCGGCAAGAACACCCUAGAGGCAGCAACAUCCAGAGGAACGCUCUCCGACAGCGAGAUCGAGACUAACACUGACACCAGAUACAUCUUUGGGAAACCUCACAUGCUGGCAGCUGGCUUCAAGGCUGCAAAAGGGGGCAGUGCAUAUGUCCAGGCUCCUAGCCCACCAGAGGACACCAGUCAGAGGGUUUACCUCUUUGAGGGACUGUUGGGUAAGGAACGCUCAGUACUGUGGGACCAGGUCCAGUUCUGGGAGGACACGUACCUUGAUGCUGUGAUGUUAGAAAGAGAAGGAAUGGGCAUGGAUCAGGGACCACAAGAAAUGAUUGACAGGUAUGAGUCACUGGGCGAGCAUGACCGAAAGCGGCUGGAAGAUGAUGAAGACCGAUUGCUGUCUACGCUGCUGUACAAUAUGAUCAUCUACAUGCUGAUGGUCAAGGUCAACAAGAAUGACAUCCGGAAGAAGGUGAGGAGGUUGAUGGGUAAAUCGCACAUUGGGCUGGUGCACAGUCAGGAAGUGAAUGACCUGCUUGAUCGCCUUCCACAUCUGGAGAGCCGCGAUCUCCACAUUCGACCCUGUGGCAGCCGUCACAUCAAGAAGCAGACCUUCGUGGUGCAUGCAGGAACAGACACCAAUGGAGAAAUCUUCUUCAUGGAGGUGUGUGAUGACUGCAUUGUGCUGCGCAGUAAUAUUGGCACUGUCUACGAACGCUGGUGGUAUGAGAAGCUCAUUAACAUGACAUACUGCCCUAAGACCAAGGUGCUUUGUUUGUGGAGACGUAAUGGGCAGGAGACCCAGCUCAACAAGUUCUACACCAAGAAGUGUCGAGAGUUGUACUACUGUGUGAAGGACAGCAUGGAGCGUGCAGCUGCAAGGCAACAGAGCAUAAAACCAGGUCCCGAGCUUGGAGGAGAGUUCCCUGUUCAGGACAUGAAAACUGGAGAUGGUGGGCUCCUGCAAGUGACCCUGGAAGGGAUCAAUCUGAAGUUUGUGCAGAGCCAGGUUUUCAUUGAACUGAAUCACAUUAAAAAGUGCAAUACAGUCAAGGGAGUCUUUGUCCUGGAAGAAUUUGUUCCACAAACUAACGAAGUGGUGACCCACAAGUACAAGACUCCAAUGGCUCAUGAAAUCUGCUACUCUGUGCUGUGUCUGUUCUCCUACAUGGCUGCAGUACGAGGGAAGGAAAUGGAGAGCAAGAACAAGGUGACUCCAGCCCGGUAAGACACCGGCCCCUUUUUCAUCCCCUUUCGUUCCCCCCCCCCCCCUCUCCGAACUGAGCACUCCAUUUCAUGGCCCCCAGCCUGCUCUCUCCCACUGUCUCUGCAAUGCUGCAGCUCCAGUCAGGCAGGCCUAUUAUAAAUAGCGACUGUUUGGCUUGUGCUUGUUCUUAAACCACCACACUCGCUCGAGGCUCGUCCGAUUAACCGACCCAGUCAGAGCUCCUUGCCUCGUUCCUACCGACUUAAGACUGCAACAUGAAACAUAGUCCGAAUACAAGCUUCAUUACUGGUCGUACACUGGAUUUACAGCAAACCCAAUUACUGAGGGCUGUGCCAGCACUGGGUUCGCUGCAAGGCCACUCAUCGACCACCUCUGCACUGGAUUCACUGCUCAUCGAAGGCCACCUUGCGCAGGAUAAUUUCAUUUUCACUGAAGAGGCACCACAUCACUGGAUAUUUGCUUGUCAAUGACUACUGAUCUAUACUCAUUCAUGGAGCACCACUCCAGCACUGAAUUUGAUGGAUAUUCAUUCACUGAGGGACCUCUCUCCACUGGAUUCAUUGAAUAUUACCCAUCAAGGACCAUUUCUUCACUGGAUUCGUUGCGUUAUUUCCUGUCAAGGGUCCUCUCCUACACUGGAUUCACUGCAUAUCCUUCCGUCGAGGACCAUUUCUUCACCGGAUUCCUGUCAGAAGCCACUCCUGCACUGGAUUCACUGUAUAUUCUCCCAUCGAAGACCAUUCCUGCACUGCAUUUACUAUGUAUCCUCCUGCCAAGGGCGACUCAUACUGGAAUCCCUGCAUGUUCUCCCACUGAAAAUGGCGACAGUAUGAAUUUCCCCACUUAAGGUCACUCUGUUCCUGUUCUACUCAUUCAGGGGUCCUUUUGAAUUGACAGUAUGAAAUGAAGCCACCUCAACAAGGGAUUCACUGCGAAUGAGUCCCCUCCAUUUAAAUCACUGUCCGUCCACCUUAUUCACGUUCACCAAGUCACUAUUUUCUGCCCUUGGAUUUGACUGUUCAGUUCCCUUCCAUUGAAUUCACUGUAAACUAUCAGAAUCAGGAACUGAUUCCGAAUGGGAUUUAGCCACUGUGGAGGAAUAUUCCACUGGAUUUGCCCACAGGAAGUUGCCCUGCACUGGAGACACUUGCAGAGAUUCUCGAGGAGAGUGAACUUCCUCUGAUGUACAGACCAACACUGAGUUGUUUUUGUUGUACCAAUUUCGUGUUCAGUGUAAAGAGGUGAGCUGUAGAGACUGUGCUUUCCUUUAUUCCACCCUGUUCACCCCAUCAGAUAGAGAGCUAAGCCAUGUCAAACCCCCUGCAGCUUUAACACACGAUGGCCUGGCAGUGCCCUGGACAGUGAGCCUAUGGUAUCAGGCCGUUGGGUUAGAAGGAGAGUCAAGAGUCAGCAACCAGCCUGUGGGAGAGGCUGAAGUCUUAUGACCUUCCAGCGAUGUCCUGUGACACAGGUUGCCACCCCUCGACCUUCCUAACACCCCAACCACACCCAGCUCCUUCUCACUCAGUGGCGUAUCCAAACACUGCCACUUAGUUAUAAAGCACCCAGAGAGGAGUUCAGAAUUGACUCAGCUUUGGACCACUCACCUAGUUGCUGGGUGGGGACACCAUCGUCUCGCCAGCCUCUCUGUGAAUAGACCACCUACCAAACAGUGUUCUUCACAACUGCAGCCCGCUCAGUUCAAAACACCCCUAUACUUCAGUGGAAAGGCCCAGAGUGACAGAGAGCAGUGAUCCCCUUUCCCCAUGCCCCCUGGAGUGAUUCCUGACCCCACCCAUCUCCAACCUGUGCCCCAGAGUGAUGACCUACCCCACCCCAGCCCAGCCCAGCCCAUGCCCCGGUCCCAUUGGAUUAAUGCUGUCCCUUAUUACAAUCUGAACGCAUACUAAUUCUUUGCCCAUUGUGUUCUGGGAUCAAUUCUUGAAAGUUGUAUCUGUUUCUUUUUGCUGGCAAUGGACUUGACACUCUGCUUCCUCCAAACCCCUUUCGUGAGUAUCACUCUUUAGGCAUGAGCUGAGGGGAAAGUGAAGUGGUCAGAAUGGAUCUGUAAGGACAGACUCCUGCCCAAAUGUCUGACCAGGCAUGGGCCCUACUGUGCUCUCUUCAGGAUUACAGUUUGCUACCUGCUGCUCGUCCUACUGUGUUGUGUUGUGUUCAUCUGUCGGGUAUUCUGAUCUUGUUUAGCCUGAAGGGUUUUUAUUUUUUGUGUUUGAUGCUUGCUGAUGUAGAAUGCAUUAUUUUGGUGUAAAUAUUUCAGUAUUAUAUGUAUUUAUAGCACUGUACAGUACCUUGAAUGUUGCAAUAAACUCUCAUCCCUGUG